AUGGGUGCAUGCAUAGGAAAACAGGACAUCCAGCGGCACGUGAUUGUCCAUGAGCCCGCGAAUUCCGCGCCAAAGAAACACGUGGCUGCUGCCCAUGAAGUGAUCUUAGAACAGAGAAAUAACCAGAAAGCGGAUAGUUUUGCCAGAGGUAAACUCAUUGUGAGUCAUGCUGGGGACAUCCAGACAAUGUACACGUUGCAGUCUUCGAAGAUUGGCGAGGGAACCUACGGCUCAGUAGCCAUCGGCACCCACAAUAGCACGAAAGCGCAGCGUGCCAUCAAGACCAUGUCCAAGGCCAACAUGAAGCAUGUGGUCCGCUUCCAGCAGGAAAUUGCGAUCAUGAAGUCAAUGGACCAUCCAAAUAUCAUCAAACUCUUCGAAACCUUCGAAGAUCGAAAACAUAUCUAUUUGGCGAUGGAGCUGUGCACCGGAGGUGAGUUGUUCGAUCGCAUCAUCGAAGUGGGACAGUUCACCGAGAAGGACGCCGCCAUCGUGGUGCAGCAGAUGCUGAGCGCAGUCUUCUACAUGCAUAAGCGUCUGGUCUGCCACCGGGAUCUCAAACCUGAAAACUUCCUCUUCCUGACCAAAGGGCCCAUUGCCAACACCCUGCUGAAGAUCAUUGACUUUGGUUUGUCCAAAUGCUUCGACCAAGGGGUUCCGAUGAGCACCAAGGCGGGCACACCGUACUACGUAGCUCCACAAGUGUUGCAAGGCAAGUACGACAGUUCUUGCGAUCUUUGGAGCUGCGGAGUCAUUAUGUACACCAUGCUUUGUGGCUACCCGCCCUUCUAUGGCAAGACGGAUCAGGAAGUGCUGAGCAAAGUGCGAAAAGGCACAUAUCAGUUUGAGCCGAAGUAUUGGAGGCAUAUCUCACAAGAUGCAAAGAAACUGAUUGGAAUGCUUUUGAAGUUUGAGCCUGAGCUCAGGUACACUGCGGAACAAGCCCUGCAGGAUACCUGGAUCAAAGAUCGAGCACCAAAGGCAGAGAAUAUCAGUCUACAGGAUCGAAUCGUCCACAACUUGAAGAGUUUCAGGUCCAAGAACAAGUUGAAAAAGGCCGCGCUGAACAUCAUCGCGGGGCAGAUGAGUGAGUCCGAGAUCGCGGACUUACGGGAAAUCUUCAAAGCCUUAGAUGCCAACGGCGAUGGCUUCCUGACCGUCACAGAACUUCGAGACGGCAUCGAUAAGGCCCACUUGCGGCGACCAAUGAUUGAUUUGGAUGCCGUGGUGGAGGGAGUGGAUGCCGAUGGUAGUGGACUCAUCGACUAUACCGAGUUUCUGGCGGCCACUUUAGACAAGCGAGUAUACCUACAGCGUGAUGUAUGUUUUUCGGCCUUCGCUGUCUUUGAUGUCGAUGGCGACGGCCGUAUCACUCUCGAUGAGUUAAAACAGAUUUUGGAGAAUGGAGCCGUCGAGCAUGUGCUCGAGGGAGCCAAAUCGGAGGAUCUAUUGAGGGAGGUGGACGCCAACGGCGACGGAUCCAUUGACUUUGAGGAGUUCAUGGAGAUGAUGAGAGGUGGCCGAUCCAUGUCCCUUUCAAUGGAGACCACCACGCCCAAGUCCAAGGCGGACGGUCAUCCGCGGUUGCACUGCAGAAGGUCUUCCUUCAUCCAGUUCUUUGUUUCGGGCCAUGAAUUCACGAGUACCCCAUAUAGGACUGUUCGUUUGGUCUUUGAAGAUUGUCAGGCCGCGGCGGUUGCGGUUGCGGUUGCGGUUCCUUGGGCGGUGUUGAUUCCUUGGCCGCCCAGGUCCAACCAGAAAGCCACAGGGGGCCGGAAUUUGAGAACUUCCUUGGAUUUUUAUUUGCUUUUGGAGCGUUCCAACCAUGGGCGCGUGCAUAGGAGCCAUGCAGGGGAUGUCCAGUCGAUGUACACCUUGCAGUCCAGCAACAUCGGCGAAGGAACCUACGGCUCUGUGACCAUAGGCAUUCACAAUAGCACCGGCGCUAAGCGAGCGAUCAAGACCAUGUCCAAAGCCAAUCUGAAACAUGUGGUGCGCUUCCAGCAGGAAAUCACUAUUAUGAAGUCAAUGGACCAUCCAAACAUCAUCAAACUCUACGAGACCUUCGAAGACAGAAAGCAUAUCUACUUGGCCAUGGAGUUGUGCACAGGAGGUGAAUUGUUCGAUCGCAUCAUCGAAGUUGGGCAGUUUACGGAGAAGGACGCCGCCAUCGUUGUGCAGCAGAUGCUGAGCGCAGUUUUCUACAUGCACAAGCGGCUGGUGUGCCACAGAGAUCUGAAGCCCGAGAACUUCCUGUUCCUGACUAAAGGUCCGAUGGAGAAGAACCUGCUGAAGAUCAUCGAUUUUGGGCUGUCCAAAUGCUUUGAGCCCAACCAGCCCAUGAGUACCAAAGCUGGUACACCAUACUAUGUGGCCCCGCAAGUGCUUCAAGGCAAGUAUGACUGUAGCUGCGACAUUUGGAGCUGCGGUGUGAUCAUGUACACGAUGCUGUGUGGUUAUCCGCCUUUCUACGGCAAGACUGAUCAAGAAGUUCUCAGCAAAGUGCGAAAAGGCAUGUACCAGUUCGAGCCGAAGUAUUGGAGACACAUUUCACAAGAUGCCAAGAAAUUGAUCUCUAUGCUUUUGAAGUUUGAGCCUGAGACUAGGUAUACCGCGGAACAAGCGCUUCAGGAUACCUGGAUAAAAGAUCGAGCGCCCAAAGCACAGGAUGUGUGUCUCCAGGACCACAUCGUUCACAAUCUGAAGAGCUUCAGGUCGAAAAAUAAGUUAAAGAAGGCGGCCUUGAACAUCAUCGCUGGGCAAAUGAACGAAUCGGAGAUAGCGGACUUGCGAGAGACCUUUAAGGCCCUUGAUGUGAAUAGCGACGGAUUUUUGACCGUCACCGAGCUGAGGGAUGGCAUUGAAAAGGCUCAUUUACGACGGCCACUCCUUGACUUGGAUGCCGUAGUGGAGGGAGUAGAUGCUGAUGGAAGCGGGUUGAUUGACUACACUGAGUUCCUAGCUGCCACACUGGACAAGCGAGUGUAUUUGCAACGCGACGUUUGCUUCAGCGCCUUUGCUGUUUUUGACCAAGAUGGCGAUGGGAAAAUUACCCUCGAUGAGCUGAAGCAGAUAUUGGAAAAUGGCUCUGUGGAUCAAGUGAUUGAUGGUUGUCAUUCAGAGGAUCUUCUACAGGAAGUGGAUCAGAAUGGCGACGGUUCGAUCGACUUUGAGGAAUUCAUGGAGAUGAUGCGGGGCCGAUCAAUGUCCAUGUCCAUGGAGACGACAACGCCCCGAACGAAGGUCGGUGCACGCUCUCGCUCCCCGAGCUUAUUAAGAUCGCGCAGUAAAGUGAGCCAACAUGAAAAGGCCCAGAAGUGUUAA